GUCUGUGAAUGUCCACUACACUGUGUCGUUCAUAGUUGUUUUUUUAACUGAAUAACCACAUAAAAAAGUUUUUUUUGUAUAAUAUAAAAUUUUCUAAUAAUAAUAAAAGUUUUCGAGAAAUAAAACGAUUUAAAGACAGAGAGAGAAGAAAUUUUAAAAGACCCGCUAAUAUUGUGAUGGCUUUUUUGAGACCUGUGAUUCAAUUGAGCAUUGCACGUAAAUAUGGUUUGAGUAGUAAUAGUUUGAAAGUUUUAGAAUUAUCUGCAGCAAAUCAUUUACGUACAAUUAAUCAAUGUCGUUAUAAUUCACAACAAACCUGUGAAUCAACAGCAAAUUUGAGCAGUGUCGAUAAUAAGAGUGAUGUUAAAGCAUUAAAUCCACCACGUCGAGAUCCAUUAGACACUUCAUUUGCUAAUCCAGAAGCAUCGUUCAAAAGUAAAACAACUUGGGAAUUAGUGAGAGCAUAUUUAGUCUAUACAACAUGUGCGUUCGAAACGAUUGUAGAAAACAAUAUGACGAUCAUGAAAUUUGCCCGAGGAAUCUUGGGCGAAAGAUUGUUCAUAGCGUUAAUGAAAGCUACCUUCUAUGGUCAUUUUGUAGCCGGCGAAAAUCAAUUCACAAUUCGACCAACCCUUGAACGAUUACGUUCAUUUGGUGUGAAACCAAUUCUAGAUUAUUCAGUUGAAGAAGAUAUUUCUCAAGAAGAAGCUGAAAAACGUGAAGUUGCAUCUUCUGUAUCAGAAGCUGGCGAUGACAAAGACUCUGAAGGUACACUUAAACAAUAUCAUGUGGAUAAAACAUUUGCAGAUCGGCGAUACAAAGUACAAUCGGCACGAACGUACUUCUAUUUAAAUGAAGCUACUUGCGAACGUAAUAUGGAGGUGUUUUUACAAUGUUUAGAAGCUGUUUCAGGUGCCACAUUUGGAACUGGAAUUACAGCAGUUAAACUAACAGCUUUAGGACGUCCACAAUUAUUGCUUCAAUUAUCUGAAGUAAUUAUGCGUACACGUCGAUACAUGCAAGAAGUAGUCGGUGGUGAGGGAAACGUACUAGCACAUCACGUGAAACCAGAAGAUUUAGAAAAGAAAUUCGAACAAGCACAUGUCUUAGAUUCAUUACCCGUCAAACAAUUCUUACAAAAGGUAACAUCCGAUAAAGAAGGUAUUCUUCAUUUGUUCCCAUGGUCUGGUAUCAUUGAUGAGAAUGCACAAUUAAAUGAAACAUUCCUUGUACCCGAUCUCAAAACUGGUAAAAUGGUACGAUUAAUAACACAAUUAACACCAAAAGAGGAAGAAAUGUUUCGUAAUAUGAUCAGACGACUAAAUACAAUUGUACGCGCAGCUAAAGAAAUGGAUGUACGUAUAAUGAUUGACGCAGAACAAACAUACUUUCAACCGGCCAUUACACGUAUCACAUUAGAAAUGAUGCGAAAAUAUAAUACAGAGAAAGCGAUUGUCUUUAAUACGUAUCAAUGCUACUUAAAGAAUGCAUUUAAUGAAGUUACUACCGAUUUAGAACAAGCAAAACGUCAAAACUUCUACUUUGGUGCGAAGCUUGUGCGAGGCGCUUAUUUAGAGCAGGAGCGCGCAAGAGCUGCAGCACUAGGUUAUCCAGAUCCAACAAAUCCAUCAUUCGAAGCAACAUCAGAAAUGUAUCAUCGUACAUUGACUGAAUGCUUGCGACGUAUUCAAGGUUUGAAGGGUCAAGGAGAUGAUUGGCGUAAAAUUGGUAUUAUGGUAGCAUCACACAACGAAGAUACUGUACGAUUUGCAAUUGAAAAAAUGAAAGAAAUCGGUAUUAGUCCGGAAGAUAAAGUUAUAUGUUUUGGUCAAUUAUUAGGAAUGUGUGAUUACAUCACUUUCCCAUUAGGUCAAUCAGGAUAUUCUGCGUACAAAUAUAUUCCAUAUGGACCUGUAAACGAAGUACUACCAUAUUUAUCACGACGAGCGCAAGAGAAUAAAGGUGUAUUGAAAAAAGUGAAAAAAGAAAAGGAUUUAUUAUUGAAAGAAAUUGGGCGACGCCUUAUAACAGGAAAAAUAUUCUACAAACCAAAAGGAGACUAUUUACCUGUCUAAGUUUUUCUUCGAAAAUAAUUCUGUAAAAUUUAGUAAAAAAAAUCAAAAAGAAACAAAAAAAAUAAAUAAAACACUAAAAAUAUGGCGUGAUGAUGUUCAUGAUAUACAAAAUGGUGGGCUUCUCGAUAGAAUGAAAAAUCAAUGAGUUUUCGUGAAAAUAAAACUUUCACAUCUUUGUUUUCAUAGGUUAUUAAAUAGAACCGUGGUGAGAAGAAAUCGCUCUCUAAGGGUUCAUAUAUCUCACCACGCCCACAUUUCACAUAUCGUGUUUUCUAUCAAUCUUUUUUUUACCAUCACACUCGCUAUGUCUGUCACUAGUGUGACAGUUGCUCUUUUUGAGGUUUUAAAAAUACACGAUAGAGCACUUCACACUCAAAAUUAAUUUUCCUAAUAUUGUAGUUUAAACGAAUCUCAAAAUUGAUAUUUUCCCUGCCCAUUUCCCCUGACUUUGUCCUUUAAUUUAUUUUUUAAUUUAUUAUUUUUAACCUUACCUUGAUUAAAUUGAAUUUUUCUCCCCAAAACCUUCUAUUAUGUUUGUGAUUGUAUUUAUUAUAGUUGAAUGAAUUUAAAAAAAAAAUUGUAAGCGAGUGUGUAUGUGCGAAGUGAUUUUUACACCAAAUUUUUGUAACUGGGUAGGGAAAGUAUACAUAAAGGAAAAUAAGCUUAAAUCGUAGACAGUGUGACACGAGUAAAAUCAUUCAAGAUUCGAUCGGAUUUUUUCGUGUGCUUGGCUUUUUUUGUUUUAAAUUUUUUUUUAAUAAACAAAAAGCUCCAUUUUAAAUGUAUAAUGUAUGGAACUAAUUUUAUGUAUAUAUCUCAUUCGAAUCCCUCGAAAAAAAUCGAAAUGGUGCUUGCAAAAGUGCUUAAAUCAGACUAUGGUAUUUCCGUGAUGGUAUUUAAAAAACUUUAGAACCGUCAUUGGAAAUAUAUGGUAUAAGCAUUUUUAUUUAUGAGUUUAAUGAACGAGAGGAUGUGUCGGGGAAAGGGGAAUUGAUGAGAUAUAAAAAUUUAAUUUUCAAUUAUACAGAUUUUUUAAAAUAAAUUGUUGUUUUUUUUUCUUUUAUAUAAUUCAAAAUAUAAAUUCAAUAAAAAAAAUAAUUAAUUUUAGCUGAAUUUUUUAGUUGCUACGAAUUCUUUCAGUAUUCUUUUUUUUAGAUUGUGGAUUUAUUUUUUCAAUUCGUUUAAAUUUGGGCGAAUUUUUUAAAUAAGUCUUCAGAUUUUUUGUUUUUUUUCUUUUUUGGGUACGUUAAAUAAUCAAUUUCGAUGAAAUACGUGAAUGUUCAAACUUUGAAAUGGAUCUCUUGCGAUGUUAAAUUUAAAAUGCCUGUUACAGCCAAUUUUUAGGAGUUAACUUUAAAAUCCAACAAUUGCUGAAAUAUGGAGUCGAUUUUUUA